UUGUGCUGUUAAGAGCGAAGAGAGCACGGCACCCCCAUCGAUCAUGCAACCGGCUUCCUUCUCACUCCUCCUGAUUGCCGUACAUGUGUCUGUACGGGUGGACUGUACACCGAGGCCCCGGGAGCCCGAGCCCCUUUUGCACCGUCAGCAGAGCAGCUCCAAUGCGGGAGCACACACGGAUACAUCCGUUGGUACUAGUGGUUUCUACUUGGAACUGAGUGGCUCAAUGGGAAAAGGCAUUCACAGAAACCUUUUGGUUAUUUUGCCAGUAAGAACUGCUACAAGCAACUUUGUGUCAAUAUUUGAUUUGAGAAGAAAGCAGUUCCUCUGUAUGGACUCAAAGGGAGAGCUGCACCACUCUAGGCAAAAGAACACAGCAGACUGUCUCUUCCAGUGCAUUGGCUCAGAUGUGGCGACCCACCGUGACGUGUUUUACUUUAUAAGUGGGGGCCGGCUGCUCAAGCUGAGGGGCUCUGAGCUGGAGCCCCCUGAAGCCUCCUCCGCCCUGGUCCAGAGGUUCCUGGGUUCCUUGGUGAAAAGACAGAGGAGGAGCGAGGAGGUGAACCCCUCUGAUCCAUUAAGAUCACAGUCACAUCCCUCUCAUUCUGCCAAGGAGCACAAGGAUGCAGAUCACAGGCAGCCCGAUCAGGACCAGGCCGGUGCUGUGUCCAAAGAGACCAUCUCCUCCUGUGAUGACCCCCUGCGGGUCUUACAGCCCAACGGGCCGGUUAGUCCUGUCAAGACUAAUAUUGCAGACCGAGCAGAACAAGACUAA